GAGAGGAGAGGUAAACAGAGAGGCUCUUGUCGUUGGCGUCGAUGCUCACUGUUCAACAAGCGCUGUCCUUUAUACUUGUCGGAGCCGUCUGGGGCUGCACGAAUCCCCUGCUCAAGAGAGGCAGCCAAGGCAUCCAAGACAUCCCGAAGCAUAAGACAGCAUGGCGACAGUCGCUGAACGAGCUCAUCUUCCUCAUCACGCGUCCGGCAUGGCUGAUCCCCUUCCUGCUCAACCAGUGCGGGUCCCUCCUCUACUACCUGACGUUGGGGUCCGCAGAUGUUUCCAUGGCGGUUCCGAUAGCCAACAGCCUGACCUUCAUGUGGACAUGGCUGACGGGAGUGUUGCUGGGGGAGGAGAAGGCGAACGCGAUCACUCUAGUCGGGGCCCUCGUGGUUGUCCUUGGAGUCGCUCUUUGCGUUUACAGCAAGCUCGAGCAACAACAAGCUCUCUAGCUGCUCGCUAUGAUUGCGCAUGCGCGUCAGUGCAAACCGAGGCUGCACCGUCAUCAUCAUGAUCGUCGUCGUCGUCGUCGUCGUCGUCAUUAUGAACAAGCCAACAUCUAAAGGAAUGAUGACGAUACGGAAAAACUUGCAGCUGUUAACAAAGUCUUCUAGUUUGC